CCUUGGCAUUUCUUUUGCAUUUCUUAUACAUGUUUUAUGUAGAUAAAAUGUAAUGGUUGAAAAUGAUUGCAAAUGUAAUAUCGGACUGUAGGUUUUUGGAUGUCUCAAACCACCCCCGCAUGGUUUCAUCUCACCUUUAACCCUGAGCUUCACCACAUGGUUUUCUUCAGCACAUAAGAACUAUAGUGUCAAUAUUAGACCAAAUAAUUAAACCAUGUUUCUCGGAAAUGUCUAUUGAGUAGGGAGUAGUAAAAUGUUUAUAUUUUAUAACACACAAAGGUUUAGCAUGCAGUUUUUCAGUUGCAUCAAGUAUAUAUGUGCAGCCUAAAUGCAGAAAAUGUGGUUAAAAUGAUUUGAAUCUGAAAUCACACAAACCCUCACCAGUCACCAUAAAAUUUAUAUUUUGUAUUGUCUAUCUCUGUGGAUGACGCAGUGUUCUGGGUAUGACACUGGGUCAAUUGGAACAAACCUUGGGUCAAGGAUAAGGUUAUGCGCACAAGAGGAGAUGGGAAGCAGACCUGGUUUGACGUAGAUGGUCAAAAGAUCAGAUGACACAUAGGACCCUCAAAAUAGCAGUGAUUUAGAAUCUCUAUUGGGAAUUUGAAUACUGAAGUUAAGAUACAGGCAGAUUUUUGUAAAGGGUCCUUAGCAGUAAAGCUGUGAGAUUUCUAUGGAUUUGGUCUAGGAUGCACAAUAGCUGCUAAUAUAGCCAACAACUCAAAAUGUGCUGUUGUGAUUUUCACAGCCUAUGUGUUCUUAAUAAAGAACAUUGAAGCCUCCUUAAUCCUUAUUUUGGGGCUUCAACUCAAACUAUUUCUUCAUUCCCUGGAGGGAAUACUUUUUGGGAAAUGCCAUUUUGCCAGACAAAAUGCCAGAGUUUAGUUCGUUAUGUUCCCCUUUAAAAAUAGCAAAAGUAUAAGCACGUGUACAGGCUAUUUGAACACAUUUGCCCGAAUAUGUUACAUGUCAAAUAAUUCGAUAAUUUCAGUGUUAUGAAUAUUGCAGCAGAUGAUGUCAAAGCAACGUAUAAAACCUUGGUCCAGGUUGUCUGCCAGCCAGAAUACUAGCCUAGACCUACUGAUUCGGUCUGCUUUGCUAUCAACUUCCAAUCAGGUUCCGCGCGUUUCAGCACCAUGGUCGGCAGCCUGCUCCUCCUCCUCUGCGCUACCUGCUCGGUGUUGGUGGUGCUGGCCAGCUCCCACGACUUUCUUGAAACACGCUCCCCUGAAGACUCCAUCAAGACACAAGAAGAACAAGAAUUGUUUGAAGCUUUACAAGAGGUUCUUGAAAAACUACAGAGUAAGCAGAUGCCGGCCUAUGAGAAGAAGUUGGGUUGGGUUCCCAUGUGUGAUGCUGAUGCGGGUCAGCAAUGUGCAGUUCGCAAAGGUGCAAGAAUUGGGAAGUUGUGCGAGUGUCCACGGGGAACAUCUUGCAACUUCUCCAUCCUCAAAUGCUUUUAGGGAAUCGAGGACGACA